AUGAACGAGGGUAUCGGUAGAAUCAAGCGUUCACUAUAUCAAAGCUAUCACGAGUCAUGGAGAGCAUGCAUUGCGUCGUACAAAAGUGAAAGCAGACCCUUCUUAGCAGACGCGAUUAUUGCAAAUCCGUUAGCCCACGCGCAUAUUCAUUGUGCUGAGCGUCUCUCAAUUCCUCUACAUAUCAUGUCGGCUAUGAUUUGGAGCCCGACAAAGGAGUUUCCUCAUCCGCUGGCCCAUAUAGAUGGAAGUGAAGACAUGGACCAGGUCAUGGCGAAUGUUCUGUCUUAUGCGCUCGUUGAGGAGACGAUAUGGAAAACAUAUCGGCAACAUGUUCUAGGCUGUCAGAGCAUCUCGUCAGCUACUGGGGGAAGACUCAUGAUUGACAACGACAUUCCACAUACCUACUUCUGUCCGGAGGUGCUUGUUUCAAGGCCAGGUGAUUGGGACGAUAUGAUUAAUACGUCGGGCUACGUUUUCGCAGAGGAGGAAGCGCAAUAUAGCUCAGCGAAAGAUCUGAGCAGUUUCAUCGAGUCUGGUUCGCCACCGAUAUACUUCAUGUUACAGGAGAACAGAUUUUGA